UACUGCUCAAUCCCAUAAGCUCAUCCACGUACCUGUUGUCUGUUGUCUGUUAGUGUCAGCUGUUGACUGCAACAGCUUCACAACUCCUGCCACUGCUAUAACAGCAUUUUCCCAGGCAUUGCAGUAACAUCGCACAGGCCCCCUAACAUACAUACAAUAACACAUAUUUGUGUGCAUGCAGCCAAGGCUUGGCCCGGGCCCCAACCACAAUACAAUGCCUAUCAAUAUCAUCAAUCCCCUUGUCCGAAUAAUCGUCUUUGUCCAUUGUGUGGGAAUACUUCUGGUGAUAUGGGCAACAAACUUCCUUGGCCCAGGGUUCAGUAGGGCACGAGCUGUUUCGGUUAUGAUUGCUACCUGGGGUCUUGCCCUUACCCUAUCACUCAUUCCCACGACACGGGCAGAGGUUCAGAACUGGCAAGGAAGGCGGGUUGGGCCUGUCCAAAUUCUGUCCGGUUUUUUUACUUUCUUUUGGGGUACAUGGUUUGAUCCGUUGUCAGAUGAAUCAUUAGCUGCAGGUCCAUUUGCAGGUGUAUCUCGAUACAUGGUUAUACUUCUCAGCUACCCUAUAUUUAUCUUAUCGAUCGGUUACUUUGCGGACCUCAAUUUGCAAAUUCAUCCACUUAUUCGCCUUGAAGGAGGAAUAUCUGUGAGUACAGCAUGCUAUUUCCUACUAGUACUAUUAUUCAUUUUCCUUGUAGCUGCGUUCUGCCAGCCCUGAAUCACGCGGUGAUG